AUGACCCUUAAUGAGAAGACAAGCGUGGUCGAUACCGAGCUGGGAAGCCCUCGGGACUCGAUCGAGGAGCAGGAGGUCUUCAAGAAGACCACAGAUGGCGUCAGCUUCCGCAAUGUCGGUUGGUUCAAGGCGUGCAUUAUCAUGGUGAAGGUCCUCUUCGCCACCGGUGUGCUAUCGCUACCAUCCGCGCUGUACUCUCUCGGUGCAGUUGGUGGCUCCAUCAGUAUCGUCGCCUGGGGCGCGUUCAACACCUACUCUUUCGUGAUUCUCGGCAACUUCCGCAAGAAGUACCCUCACUGCCACUCCAUUGCUGAUAUGGCAGAGGUGGCCGGCGGCUGGUUCGCAAAGGAAGUCACUGGUAUUGUAUUCCUCAUCGGCUACGUCCUAGUGACUGGCAGUGGUAUCAUUGGAGUGUCAACGGGACUGAACGCCCUUUCGCACCACGCCGCAUGCACCGUCUGGUGGUCUUUGAUUGCGGCCAUUGUAAUCGUCGCGACGGCUUCAGUCCGCAAGCUCCAGCAUGUGGGCUGGCUCACAUAUGCAGGAUUCAUCUCGAUCUAUGCAGCCGUUCUGAUUGUUGUCAUCGGAGUCACAACGCGAGACCGACCAGCCGCCGCUCCCCAAACGGGCCCUUAUGAACUCGGCUACCUUGCCAUCAACAACCCCGGAUUCGCUGCCGGCAUGGUCGCCUCCAGCACCAUCUUCGUCUCUUCGGCUGGUACCAGCGCCUUCAUCCCGGUGAUGGCGGAGAUGCGGAACCCGAAGGACUACAAGAAGUCGCUAUAUCUCUGCAUGGGCUUGGUUACUGCCUCGUACCUUGCUUUCAGUCUGGUUGUUUACCGCUGGUGUGGACAAUGGGUGGCCAGUCCCUCCUUGGGUAGCGCCGGACAGACGAUCAAGAUGGUGUCUUACGGUGUUGCACUGCUAGGUCUGGUCAUCAGCGCCACGAUCUACCUUCACAUUGCGGCCAAGUACAUCUUUGUGCGUAUCUUGGGUAACACUCGCCACCUGCAAAGCAACACGUUCGUUCACUGGGCUACCUGGAUGAGCUGCACGAUUGUCCUCGGUGCCAUUUCCUUCAUCCUAGCUGAGGCCAUUCCUAUCUUCAACUAUCUGGUUGCCCUUGUUGGCUCCGUUUGCUUUGCUCCUCUGGCCAUGUCCCUUCCUGGACUCCUGUGGCUGUACAGCAACAGCCACUACAGGAAAGGUACCUUCACGCAGAAGAUCAUAUACAUGCUGCACUGGGGAAUGGUUGUGCUGGGUAUCUUCUUCCUCGUCGGCGCCACAUAUGGUGUCAUCAUUGAAAUCAUUGAUGCCUAUGCUACAGGAACUAUCGGCUCCGCUUUCAGCUGUGCUGAUAACUCGAACUCGUCUUAG